AGAUUUGUGCAGGGGCCUGAGUAGAGGAAGGAGCUGGCAACUCUCCUGGGGCAGAGCCCUUCUCUGCUAUCAGAAGCCUCCCUCCGGGGCAUUCCUUCCCAGGCAGCCAGGGCUCAUAGUGCCUCUCCUCUCUCCAGGACCCUCAUACUCAAAAGGUGCUGAAGAACUGAGCCCGCUGCACACUGAGGCCCCCUGAGGCCAGGUGGGGCCAUGGCAGGGCAUGGCUGUCUGGGCCUGGGGCUGUUCUGUUGGGUCCUGCUUGCUGUUCCCGUGGGCCCCCAGCCUGCCUCCUCCGUCCCGGGUGCCCCUCUCACCACUUUGACUCCACCACCUCAGAGUGAGGCCUCUAUGCUGUCUCUCAACCUGGGACUUAACUUCAAAUUCCACCUUCGGGGACCUGCUGCUGCCUGGGGGAGUCCUGUCACAGAGACCCAGUCGCUCUCGAUUGGGCCGAGCCGGGAGCUCGAGGGAGAAGUGGCCAGUGGAUUGAAGACCGACCCGCUUUGGGAAUUGCUGAUGGGCUCCCUUGGAAAUUCUCCCCCAGAGUGGGGCUCUGCUGAAGGCAGCUCAACGCCCUGGGCCUCCUCCCAGCCUCUAGAGUCCACAUCUGUCUUCUCUGGGCCCACCGGCCGGCCCACUGCUCCCUAUCAGCCCAGGAUAGGCACCUGGGACACUGCUCUGAUGGCUACAGCACCCCAGUCCAGUGCUCCCCGGCCCCACCAGAGUGAGCUGGAACUGAAGUUUGACAUGGCGCUGAGAGCAGGCGCAGCGCCCACGCUUGGGCAUCGAACGCUGCCUCUGCUGCCCAGCCUGCGGGCCAGCCUGGCAGAGAUUGCUGGGCGCCUGGGACCCUUUGGGUUCUUUGGCACUACUCUGUCCCCACUCCGGAACUUCUCAGUCCCGAGCCCCCCGGGCCUAACUACAUCCCCAAGCUCUGCCUCUGGUGUUUCUUCGGAUUCUCCAGGGUUCUUUGGCACUACUCUGUCCCCGCCCCCAUCCUCCCUGGAGAGAAAGCUCCCAAGCCCAGGCCCACGAGACCCAACUGCUUCCCUAAGCUCUACCUCGAUUGCAACAGCAUCACUAGACCCCACUAUCCCCACCUCUGGCCCAGAUGACCCCUCACCUGCCAGCUUUGGGAUCACUUCCACACAGCCAGAAUGUGGGCCCAGGUCCUGCAGCAUCGGAGAAUUGCCUGAAGGCGAAGGCCAGCCUCCUGCGGCCCCUUUGCCCCUCUUCUUCCUGACCCUGGAGGCCGACUGGGCAGAGGCCAGGGCUCGCUGGGGGCUGGCCUGGGAGGCCCAUGUGUACGGGGUAGGCGCGCUCUUCGGCCUGGUGGCCCUGCUGGCGCUGCUGGCUCUGGCCCUCUUGCCCUGGCGCUGCCCGCCCGGCGCCCCCUGCCUGGCGCUGCUGGACCUGCUUCUGCUCUCGGCCGGGACCACGCGGGCCUUCCCGCUCUUCUACGACGCCUAUGGGCACCGGGACAGGCUCCCCGCUCUCGCCUGGCUGCUGCUGCAGGACCUCCCGCUGCCCUGUCUGGCCGCCGGCCUGGGCCUGGCCUGUCUGCUGCUGGCCCGCCCGCGCCCGCCACGGUGUCCCGCCGGCCUGGCCGCGCUGCUGCUCCUGGGGCUGGGGCUGGCGGCGGCCGCCGCCCUCGGGAGCGCUGCCCACCGCCCGCUGCAGCCCUUGCGACUCGCCUCCCGCGGGCUGCACGCCUUCCUCGCUGCCCUCCUGUCAGGGCUCCUGCUGGCGCUGUCCUGCUGGGGUGGUCGGCGGCGGCGGGCCGGAGCGCCCCUGGGAGGGUCAGGCUUCAAGGGCGCAACCCCUCUCCCGCAGGCGCGCAGCCCCUUCGCCCCGCGGGAGUCCUGGCGGCGCGCGGCGCGUACGGCCCCGGUGGCGGGCACCUUCGGGCUGCUGAGCGGAGCCCUGCAGGGCUACGAGGUGCUGCACGCCCUGGGCUAUGGCGGCCAGCCUGGCUUGGAGGGGCCCUGGCCCUGGUGGGCCUUCCAGCUAGGCCUGCGCCUAGGCGAGGUGGGCGUCGCGCUCCCGUUGGCGCUGCUGGGCCUCUACCCCGCGCUCUGCAGCCCCCGCGUGCCGCCGCGCUGCUGGGCCAAGCUCUUCCGCUUGUCCCCUGGCCACGCGGCUCCGCUGCUACCCGGCCGCUGGGUCACCGUGCAGCGGGACAAGGAACCCCUGGGUAGCGCCAUCGCGCGUGGCGAUGCGGAGCUGCUGCAGCUGUGCGCCCUGGCCGGACCCGGCCCGGAUCUCCUAUUCCAGGGAGGUGCCCGCCCCGGCUUUGAGGGGAGGGCGGCCAACCCCGCCCCUUCCCCGGCCUCCUCCCCCUGCAGCGAUUACACAGUGGAUUUCCGCCCGCCUUCCCCAAUCAACCUGCGGCGCAGCAUCGAGGAGGCACUUGGCAGCGAGUCCCUGCUCGCGCCCGGCCUCUUCCAGGGCCCUGCCUUCGGGGAAGCCCUACCUGGGCUCGGCCUUUACAGCACCGCCACCCUGAGGGCGAAGACCAGGCCGGUGCCCAGUGGGAUGUCUGAAGAAGCCCCUGGCUCCCCCGUGCUACCUGAGCUCCCCUCUCCCGGGGCCUGGCCCGCGGGCAGUAGUGCCUCAUCCGGCUCGCUGUGCGGACUCUCCCGGGACAGCUCGUCCAUGCUGCUAUGCUCCAGCCCAGACAGGCCCCCGCGCUGUCCGCUGGUCUGCGUCCUCAGUCCUCCUCGGCCCUCAGGAAGCAGCCCUAGCCUCCCGGCCUCAGGAUCCUACCAGGCCCUGUCCCCACCCUCCCACGACUCCCCAGAGCCUUCUCCUGAGCUGCAGGUUGAAGAGGCUUUGCUGCAGGAGCAAUUCCUGGAUGCCUGUCGACAGAUAGAUGAGCUGAGCAUGGGCAGCGACACCAUUGACCUGUGAAGAGGUGGGCCCCUCAGUGCCCGGCCAUAUUCCCCCUGCUGGCGCCUGCUCUGCCAGAGACCUGCACACUGUAACCCUUCCCCAAUCCUGCCUGGCCCAGAUACCUCUCCCUGCUUCCUUCCCCAUCCAGGGGCCCCUGGGUGUGGGUGGGUCAGUAGCCAGGCUCUGUUGAUUGGAAAUUAGUGCCCCCUUUUCUGGAGCCCUGGGUGCUGAUGCCCUCAGCUGCAAUUCUAGGCUGUCAGGGGUCCCACUUUCCUUGGCAUUCACCAGCAAUAAAGCUCCAAGGUGCUCCAUUUCUGACCACCACUCCCCACUCUGGUGCUGAGUGAGAGGGGCUGUCCUCAGAAGACCUCGGGACCAGCCUCAGUCCCACACCCACCUCUGCCAUGUCCAGGAGCCCCAUCCUAGUCAUCCACAUGACCCUUCCCUAUAGAAGGGUCCCUGGCCCAUCUAAGAGACUCUACUGCAAUUGGGUGGGAGGUGACCCCUAUCAGAGUUAAUUUAUCAAUAAAAUAUUUUCAGAGGA